AUGCCUAGGAAAUUGUCAAAGAUGCAGGGUUGCUUGGUGCAGCCAGCCCCUGUUGAUACUCCCAUGGAGAAAGGGUUGAAAUUAUCUGAUAAAAGUGAGUUGUUAAAGGAUCCGGAUCGUUAUAGAAGGCUUAUUGGGAGAUUAAUAUAUCUCACUGUUUCUAGACCGGAUAUCACUUAUUCAGUACAUGUGCUUAGCAGAUUCAUGCAUCAACCUCGGAAAAUUCAUAUGGAAGCAGCCUUGCGAGUUGUUCGAUACAUUAAGAAUGCGCCUGGUCAAGGUUUAUUCUUCUCCUCUAAUAGUGAUCUUAGAUUGCAUUCUUUCUAUGAUUCAGAUUGGGCAGGUUGUCCAAUCACUCGGAGAUCCACCACAGGUUAUUGUGUUUUCCUUGGUCCUUCACUGUAUUCAUGGAAAUCAAAAAGGCAGAAGACAGUUUCACUCUCUUCCGCUGAAGCAGAAUAUCGGGCCAUGACCGGUGCUUGUUGUGAGCUUACAUGA